UCCUCUCACUUCCACUGGCUGCUUUUGGUCGUUUGUAACAACAGAAGCAUCAGACAGCAUAACCUAAUGAUGGAAGAAUUUGAAGAUGGUGAAGCUCCUUCUGGAGAGGAGCUGAUACAAUGCAACACCUGUAAAAGAUGUUUCUUCCCUAAAGUCCUGGGGAAACAUGCUAAGAUCUGCCAGAAGUCCGCUGCUAAAAGGAGGAAGGUUUUUGACUCAGGUCGACAGAGAGCUGAGGGAACAGACAUCCCCACGCUUAAACCCAUCAAACCAAAGUCACAAAGUUCAACUUCUUCUGGAAAAGCAGAACCCCUGAAGAAGCCGUCCAACUGGCGCAAGAAGCAUGAGGACUUCAUCGCUACCAUCCGGGCUGCCAAGGGAAUCGAUCAGGUCUUGAAGGAUGGAGGACCUUUACCCCCGCCUCCCCCUGCUACUUAUGACCCAGACUAUGUCCAGUGCCCUUUCUGUCAGCGGAGGUUCAACGAGGGUGCAGCUGACAGACACAUGAAGUUCUGCCAGGAGCAGGCGGCCCGUAUGCCUAGCAAGGGCAACAAGUUAGGAGAAGUGAAGAAGCCUGCUGCUCGCACACCGACCAAGCCUUCAGCUCCGGUGAAGAAGGUGGCCUCUCCUGCUAUGUCCUCCAUCCCUUCAGCCUCCUCUCGUUUACCCCAGAGGUCAGGCAUCGGACAGCCCUCUGGGAUGUCUUCUAGUAAGAUCGCUUCUGCUGGUUCAUUGAGGACUAAUCCCUCAGGCUUGACAAGCCCUCCGUUAGGUGUUGGAAGUAAGACCCGGGGAGUGAGCUCUGGUUACGGCCCGGCGAGGAACACUCAGUCUGGAAUAGCACUCAACAAGAAGAAAGUAGACAACUACAUAUCCAGGAAUGACAACGACGGCAGUGACGAAAUCGACAACGGUGGAGUGAAGAGCAAGUUCUGUCGUUCCUGUGGGACCAAGUACCCUGUUGAAUCAGCCAAAUUCUGCUGCGAGUGUGGGCUCAGGAGGAUGUGUAUUUGAUGCAGGUCAGAGGAAGGAGAAACUAGACGUGUGGGGAUGCACCGGGACUCAAACUAGCAUCAGAAUUUCACCAAAAUGUAUCCGUCUGUAUUUUCACGCUCAAGUGUAAUUUCACGACAGUAAUGUGGUGUGAUCAGCCGAAUGUCCAACGCUGCUGUGUUUUCUUUUCUACCUGCUUCAUAUCUUCAUGGAUUUUGCCGGUCCAUUCCUCUAUUCUCAAUCUAUCAGUCCUGCUGAAUAUAUUCAAUUUCUGAUGAGUACACAUUUCCUUUUUUCAAAAAAAGUAUGAUCAUCAUAAUCUACAAUAAAGUUGAUUGUAGGCUGAUGGAUUUAAAACUGAACUUGUAUACAGUUAUGUUAAACUGUUAAGGUUCAUGAUAUCAGCAGCUUUUGAGAGGAAAAAAACAUCCAGUAAUGUAAAAAAUCUCAGUAUGAAUUGGUAAUAAACCUUAAUUUUAUUGUCUUUGGACAAUUAUAAAGGGUUUAGCACCCUAUAAAGAAGAGUACAUUUCAGGAAAAAACAUGAGUAAGUAAAGUAGAGAACAGAUGAGUAAGAGAUUAGAUCAAAUUGAAGAGGCAGGUUGUAAAAUGUAAUAUGAGUCACUUGGAGGUGUUAUUUCCCUGGUUUCUCUAUCCCCAUUCAACCGUGAUCUGAAAUGCACUCCUUAAUCCUAUUUGUCGUCGCUUCCUCAAAAACUGUUCCAAUUGAAGUGCAAUAAGAUUGACUACUGAGGAAAACAACGUGGUUAUUCUAAAAGUAAGUGUGUUGUAAUUUUGGAGAGACAUCACCUUG